AUGGAGUUUAAAAACUACUGGGUUACGGAGUUCCUUGUUAUACUCAUAAUUUUAACGUGUGAUAUCUCACAGAUCGCCAAUGGCAUUGAAACAGAGUUAUUGUGUGGCUCCGUACGUUUUACCGGUAAUAGCGAGGACAAGAUCGAAGGGAACUUAACGUCUCCGAAUUUUCCCAGGUCCUUCCCAGAUGAUGUUUACAACUGUUCCUACACCCUUGUAAAUACUGCAGGUGGAUACAUUAAUUUGCUGUUCACAGACUUUAUAUUGGACGACAUUAGAGAAGAAGACUGGGAUUGCAAAAACAGUAUUACAGAUGGUGUGAACGAACCAAGAAUUCAAAAAUUUUGUGGAAACGUUAGACCACCGGCGAUUAUAUCAUACGGAAGUUUGGUGAAAAUCGACUUUAUAGUGACCACUAAUAACGCCGCUGCCACAGGCUUUAAAGUAAAUUACUCGUUCGUCGAGUCCGCUAUGUGGCCUGACAAACCUAUAGUUGAAAAUGAUAUACUGACGACCUUGGGUGGUAUUUUUAUCUUUAUUGGUUCGAUGGGUGUACAGGAUAAAUCUGUCGAUUUUACGUGGAUAAUUGUGGCACCUUUGAAAAGACGAGUUUCUCUUAGGUUCGACAACGUUACACUCACAUAUGAAGGGGGUAAUCACGACCAAUUAUUUCUUCGCGAUGGCCAGACAUCUGAAUCGAAGCUGAUAGAGUCAUUGAAUACGAAAGACGUACGGCAGGCACCCAACACACACUAUGACACCAUUUCUAAUUCGAUGUUCGUACAACUUCAGCACACAAUUCUACAGUAUGAUGGGAUUAUGGCCACUUAUGUUAUAUUUGAUAUGGCAGAUGACUACACCAGUUUAUGUCCUGAAGCAGAAAUUGAUGGCGUAGAAACAUUCAAAUGUCGGAAUAGAAGGUGUAUCAAUUUGGAACUUGUUUGUGAUGGAAGAGAUCACUGCUUUGAUGGUUCGGACGAGGAAUACUGCGACACAGAUUGUCGCUACGCUGGUUGUCAGAAUGGUGGUACAUGUGACGAGACAACUGGUAGAUGUGACUGCAAAUCUGGCAACUAUGGCACCUUAUGUGGUUCGGAAAAUACAUUCAACCCUCCUACUUACACUGACGCAAUAAUAGUGUGUGGUGCGGCACUUGGAAUACUGGUGUUAUCCAUCCUCGUGUGUUGCGUGUGUAUUACGUGGAAUCCCAACAAAGAAUCGGCGAGAGAAAGGCUGAGGUCUAUCAGUAGCGGUAUUAGCUCGCGUUGUGGAAGAACACACAGCUUAUCAGAAAGACGCAUGCGCGAUAUCGAGAUGUCAUUCCAGGACUUCGAACCGCUUGAUAUUUGGAAUCCACCACCUUACUCCGAAAACCCACCAUCGUAUUCAAGCUCUUUGGAAGGGAAUCACUCAGCCGAUAGCAACGAGGAUAAUGCGGAAAAUGUUGCCGUCGAAAACCAGCAAACACGAUCUGGGCAUCAAAGCCAAGAAGACUCAAAUCAAAUGACGAUAGCGCCCUCUCUCACUAAUCAAGGAUUUCUCAUUGAUUCAGAAGAGCGCCCUCAGUUUUUCGUAUGUCGACCUGGAGAGGAGUUUGGGGACGCUAUCACACUGCCGGUACAGGUUUUGCGCGACGACCCCAGGUUCUCAUUGACAAGGUCCCGUUAUUACAGAAGUCGGGUCACCUGCCCAGAACCCGAAGAGCGGGACAUUGACACGUCUAUACUUCCUUUAAAUACUCGCAUGGACGAAAUUAUAAUUUCCCAGAUUGCAUCACGUAGACGUGAUAAUGAUGAUGAUGAUGAACUUUCGCAUGAUUCGCGAGCAGUUUUUGAAACGAACACAGACGCCUCGGACGAACAUUUAGGAUCCUCGGCAUCUGGACUAACAUCGGAUUAUAGUUUUAGCUCAAACACAGUCGAAUUAAAUAACAACUGCACUCUUGUGUUCGAAGGCGCAUCGGACAAUUCGCGCAUACGGACGUUUGACACGAUGAGACUCCUGUGUUUACUAGUGACUUUCACUGUGCCGUUGCUAUGUGUGGGUCAAAUUGAUUACGUCGACCGUAACGAUGGGGAAUUGAACUACGAUAGGCAUUCUCAUAGUAACGACGAUGACCAUUAUGACAGACACAGUAGCAGCAGUAGCGAAGAGAACAACGGACGCAGUAGCAUCAGUAGUAGCGAAGAGAACAACGGACGCAGUAGCAUCAGUAGUAGCGAAGAGGACAACGCACGCAGUAGCAUCAGUAGUAGCGAAGAGGACAACGCACGCAGUAGCAUCAGUAGUAGCGAAGAGGACAACGCACGCAGUAGCAUCAGUAGUAGCGAAGAGGACAACGAACGCAGUAGUAUCAGUAGUAGCGAAGAGGACAACUCACACAAAUGUAAUGAUUUGGUUUACGAGGGGAGUCAUAGUGAAUCCAACGUAGACUCGUAUGAAGCCAUCACUUCACCGAACUUUCCCGAACCUUACCCGACCGAUGACGAAUUUGAUUGUACCUAUCACAUUCAGAACGUCGCAGGGGGUCACGUGAGAUUAAUCUUUGACGACUUCCUGCUUUCUAGCGGAGAUUUCAUUACUAUUCGUGAUGAGUGGUUCUCAAGGUUUGAAUUCACGGAAGAUGAGCGUCCAUUCUCUAUCGUGUCCCGAAAUUCGUUUCUGAUAGUCAAGUUUAAGUCCAAGGGCAAUUCGAACAAAGCCACCGGUUAUAAAGCACGGUAUACUUUUACGGAGGACAGACUGGAUUGGUCAGAGAAGCCGUUCGUACGUCAAUCAGUUUUAGCCCAUCCUUCUUCCAUAUUCAUCGCCUCUAACCCUUGUCAGCGACCAAUACAUACCGACUACAUAUGGAUACUUCGAGGGUUCGAAGACAUGGGUCUAGCGAUCGGUAUCGAAGAAAUGUUCUUUCACGCAGAUGAAAAUGGUCGUGGUGGUACAACACUCCAGAUCCACGAUGGUCCGACGUCAGAGGCUCCUCUAAUUGCAGAGAUCCGACGUCCGGGAGCAGACUUUCAGCAGCACCGUUCAAUAUCGCGGUCCAGCACAGUGUACGUGCGACUGCGAUCUGAAAUGUACCACGGAGAUAAGCUACUGGGUACUUUCGCUUCGAUUACACAGCCAGAUGACACAGGUCGCUGUCCUGACGAUUUUUUCCGAUGUGACGAUGGUUCCUGCAUUUAUCAUGAUGUUGUUUGUGACGGUCUUAACCAAUGUGGGGAUCAUUCUGACGAGAAUGAAUGUAAAGACAAAGAACAAACUACACCCAGCCAUGAAAGUUAUUGCGACCGGUGCGUGCACCAUCGUCAGUGCUUUGAGGAUCGUAUGCUCUGUGAUUGCGAGGAUGGUUACCAUGGAAAUUACUGUCAAUAUGAAGAUGACUUGGUGUAUACCUGUGAUCAGUGUCAAAAUGGUGCACACUGCCGCAUUAAUAUAGAUGGAUCUCUUGAAUGUCAGUGCCAGAGAGGAUACUAUGGAACCUACUGCGAGUACCUCCAAGAAGACAAAUGUCGGUUCGAAUGUUACAAUGGAAAGUGUACAGACGAAGGAGAAUGCAAAUGUCACAAAGGAUAUUAUGGUAACAUGUGUGAAAACGAGGAAGAACCAGUAGACGAUUGCGGCGGAUGUAUGAAUGGUGGAUAUUGUCAGAGUGGUGGCUACUGUGUUUGCAGUUUUCCACACUAUGGAUCGCACUGUGAACGCGACCGAUACACGUGUGAUGGUGGCUGUUGGCACGGCGGAAUCUGCGAAUACGGAUCAUGUUCCUGUAAAUAUGGUUACUAUGGCGACCGCUGCCAGUUCGGACCCGACGCGUGGUAUGAUGAUUUGCAUAGUGAAACGAAAACAAUAAGUGGUUGGUUUAUUGGUGGCAUGGUGGUCGCAAGCCUAUUGAUCAUUUUACUUGUAGUCGCCACCUGUAUUGCCAAGCGUCGUUGUUGUGGCAGCACUGCUGAACAGUCAAAGGAGAAGAUAACGCCGUACACCGUCAGCGACAAAUUAAAAUACACUGUGGAUCUGUCUACACGUUUUGACGAAUGUCACGGAAACUCUACCUACGAGUCUUCAGAAAAAGACAACAUCAGCCUACCCCCAUCCUAUGAUGACAUCAGUAUCUAUAGCAACAACCCCUAUACAGUCAAGGACGUGACAAAUAUUGAAUUGCACUCGACUAAAGGGAACGAAGCGAAACCCAUUGUUCCACCAGAAGCCGACAAAUAAAAUGAUGUUACACUAAACCAUAUAACACAUUACCCACUAGUUACACCAUAUUGCCCACCUUGUUACACCAUAUUAGUAACCCAGUUACACCGUAUUACCCACCCCGUUACACCACAUUACCCACCCAGUUACACCACAUUACCCACCUUGUUACACCACAUUACCCAUCUUGUUACACCACAUUACCCACCCUGUUACACCACAUUACCCACCCUGUUACACCAUAUUACCCACCCUGUUACACCAUAUUAGUAACCCAGUUACACCAUAUUACCCACCCUGUUACACCACAUUACCAACCCAGUUACACCAUAUUACCCACCCUGUUACACCAUAUUACUAACCCAGUUACACCAUAUUACCCACCUUGUUACACCAUAUUACCCACCCUGUUACACCACAUUACCAACCCAGUUACACCAUAUUACCCACCCUGUUACACUAUAUUACUAACCCAGUUACACCAUAUU